AUGAAUUACGAACAACUCGGUAAGAAACUACUCUCUUACAAUGAUCCUAUCUAUGUUUGUAAUCCUUUCACCCAAGAAACCGUCCGUCUUCCGCAAUUAACUUUAAUUAAGGCUGCAGCAAAGAAUGAUUUCUUGUUGAUUGGAUUUGGUUAUCUUAAUGCAACUAAAGAGUACAAGAUUGUCAGAAUUUUUUACUACGAAGACAGUAAAUUUUGCAAAGGGCAAGUCCAGGUAUACACUCUUGGUGACAAAAAUGGAUGGAGAUACAAAGGUAUAACUGAUCACUUUCUGGGUAAAUCAAACGGAGUACUUUGCAAUGGAGCUCUUUAUUGGAUAGCCAACAUGGGCACGGAGAUCGUAGCUUUUGAUUUAGCAGAUGAGAAGUUCCGUUCCGUUCCGAUGCCACCUUGUUUCCCUAUAAAAUAUAUUGAUCCAUGCUUUCCCACCCCGUUACAGGUGUUAGGAGGGUGUUUAUCGAUUGUCCAUUAUAGAUAUUCACUUGGAUGGAGUACUGAUAUAUGGUCAUUAAAACCAUUGAUGGAUUCUAAAAAGGAAAAUGAUAAAUUGCAUUGGAGUAACGAAUUUAUCAUUCAAUUCAAAGACCUUCACCGGGCGUACUAUUGUCCAAUUUCCCUGACAGAAGAAAAUAAAGUUCUAGCGUGGCAUAUGCAAAUGUAUUGCUCAACGCAAAACACCCUUUGUCAUUAUGACCCAAAAACUGCAACUUCGGAAGAAUUUAUGUAUGAUGUUGCUGGGGGAUUCCAAAUAUUUCAAGUAAUUCCGUAUAUGAAGAGCGAUGUUUCAUUAACAGCACUAGUGCCUGACAUGCCAGUAUCUAACUGGAACAGCAUGAAUUAA